GCCGUCCCCGGGAGGCGGGGCCUGGAGAAGCACAGGGACCCCGCCCUCACGGGAGGCGUGGCUGGCGCCAGCUCUUGCGCCCAGGCUGGGCUGCGGCGUGGGAAAGAGUCUGGAGGAGCUGACCGCGCCGCCCUGGGAGCCGCGCUUGCAGGAGCCGGGCUGGGAGGGAGGGAGGAGUCCCGCGGGGAGCGCGCUGCGUCCGGCUCGGCGUUGGUGGCUGCUCCUUCCAGCCGCGAUGAAGCGCCCUUGCGAGGAGACGACCUCCGAAAGCGACAUGGACGAGACCAUCGACGUGGGAAGCGAGAACAAUUACUCCGGGCAAAGUGCAGGCUCAGUGAUGCGGUCAAAUUCACCAACAACCACCUCUCAGAUAAUGGCAAGAAAGAAAAGGAGGGGGAUAAUAGAAAAAAGGCGUCGGGAUCGAAUAAAUAACAGUUUAUCUGAGUUGAGACGGUUAGUGCCAACAGCUUUUGAAAAACAAGGAUCUGCUAAACUGGAAAAGGCUGAAAUAUUGCAAAUGACUGUGGAUCAUUUGAAGAUGCUUCAGGCAACAGGGGGUAAAGGCUACUUCGAUGCCCAUGCUCUCGCCAUGGACUUCAUGAGCAUUGGAUUCCGAGAGUGCUUGACAGAAGUGGCUAGGUACCUGAGCUCAGUGGAAGGCCUUGACUCAUCAGAUCCACUGCGCGUGCGCCUUGUGUCCCAUCUCAGUACCUGUGCCUCCCAGCGGGAGGCAGCAGUGAUGACAUCCUCCAUGGCCCACCACCACCACCCGCUGCACCCACACCACUGGGCAGCAGCCUUCCACCAUCUCCCCACGGCCCUACUCCAACCCAACGGACUCCACACAUCGGAGUCAACCCCAUGUCGCCUCUCCACGUCUUCAGAAGUGCCUCCUGCCCACGGCUCUGCCCUCCUCACAGCCACAUUUGCCCAUGCAGAUUCAGCUCUUCGGAUGCCAUCAACAGGCACCGUUGCACCAUGUGCGCCACCUCUGUCCACCUCUCUCCUGUCUCUUUCGGCCACCGUGCAUGCCGCGGCCGCAGCAGCCACCGCAGCUGCACACAGCUUCCCUCUGUCCUUCGCCGGGGCCUUUCCCAUGCUCCCCUCCAAUGCAGCAGCCGCAGUUGCUGCUGCAACAGCCAUCAGCCCACCCUUGGCAGUGUCAGCUGCCUCCAGUCCUCAGCAGACAAGCAAUGGGACAAACAGUAAACCUUACCGACCCUGGGGGACAGAAGUUGGAGCCUUUUAAGUUAUUCUUGAAUUUCUGGCGAUAGUAACUGAAUGCCCAUUUCAGAAUCGGCUUCUAAACCUCUGCACCCUGAAGGUCACCACACAGACACCUACAGAGCCACUCAGUAGCAAUAAAGCGAUUUGAGAAGCAAACGUCACAAACAGAAAUGCUUUUCCCUUUGUUUAAGGCAGCUUGGCAACUGACAUCAGCAACUUAAAAACGUCACAUCUUUUUCCAUUUAGCUUUCUCCGGAAAAUAUAUGGAUGUCAUCAUCCAGUGGUGCAUCAAUACUUCUGACUUGG